AUGCCUGCCUCUGUUGAAUACCUCACAACCCCAUCAGAGCCCUUCGGAUCCAACUCGGAUCCUCUUGUGGCCAUGACUUCGUAUGCCAAAAUGAUGCACAUGCAUACUCAACAGCAAAUGGAAGCCGCGACGCGAUCAGCUCGACGACGAAGUUCUCCAACACACGGCGUUGAUGCUCACGCCCAGAAUGGUCUCUCAAAGCAAAGUACACAUAGCAGCAACUCGUCGCGAUCGUCGUUUUAG